GAAAUCUUGGAAGAGAUUUAUUCUGGUUGGAAUUAACCAAACAAGAGAUUGCCAAUAAUAUCAUGGGAUUAUCGUCUCAUGAAUAAUCAUUUUGCAAUCAAUAAUAGUUAAUAAUAUAUAGUGUCUCAAUAGUUGUAAAAAUAUAUAUCCUGCAUGUAAGUCACGCCGCACGAUGUAUUUUUUUUUUCAUUCAAAAAAUCUUCUUCUCUUCACAAGAGCAGAACGAGAAAAAUUUAUCACUUAAAAAUUAUCAAAUACUAUAUAGUUAACCAGAUUGUUGUAAGUCAUAUAUUAAGUAGUGGGAAAUAUGUCUGACGAAUUCGUUAUCAAGCCAGAGACAUUGGCUCCAUCCAAUGAUACUUCUGAAUGGCCAUUAUUGUUGAAGAACUACGACAAAUUGUUAGUUAGAAGUGGACAUUAUACUCCUAUUCCAACUGGUUCAUCACCAUUAAAGAGAGAUUUAAAAUCAUAUAUUCAAUCUGGUGUUAUCAACUUGGAUAAACCAUCUAAUCCAUCCUCCCAUGAAGUCGUUGCUUGGAUUAAAAGAAUCUUAAGAUCUGAAAAGACUGGUCAUUCUGGUACUUUAGAUCCUAAAGUUACUGGUUGUUUGAUUGUUUGUAUUGAUAGAGCUACUAGAUUAGUUAAAUCUCAACAAGGGGCUGGUAAAGAAUAUGUUUGCAUUGUUAGAUUACAUGAAGAAUUAAAAGAUGCCAAAGAUUUAGGUAGAUCUUUAGAAAAUUUAACUGGGGCUUUAUUUCAAAGACCUCCAUUAAUUUCUGCUGUUAAAAGACAAUUAAGAGUUCGUACUAUUUAUGAUUCUAAAUUAAUUGAAUUCGAUAACAAAAGAGGAUUAGGUGUUUUCUGGGCUUCUUGUGAAGCUGGUACUUAUAUGAGAACUUUAUGUGUUCAUUUAGGUAUGUUAUUAGGAGUUGGUGGUCAUAUGCAAGAAUUACGUCGUGUAAGAUCAGGAGCUUUAGGUGAAAAUGAUAAUUUAGUUACUUUACAUGAUGUUUUAGAUGCUCAAUAUGUUUAUGAUAAUACUAGAGAUGAAUCAUAUUUAAGAAAAAUCAUUCAACCAUUAGAAACUUUAUUACUUGGUUAUAAAAGAAUUGUUGUUAAAGAUUCUGCUGUUAAUUCAGUUUGUUAUGGAGCUAAAUUAAUGAUUCCAGGUUUAUUAAGAUAUGAAAAUGGUAUUGAAUUAUAUGAUGAAGUUGUUUUAAUGACUACUAAAGGUGAAGCCAUUGCUAUUGGUAUUGCUCAAAUGACAACUGUUGAUUUACAAACUUGUGAUCAUGGUAUUGUUGCUAAAGUUAAAAGAUGUAUUAUGGAAAGAGAUACUUAUCCAAGAAGAUGGGGUUUAGGUCCAGUUGCUCAAAAGAAGAAACAAUUAAAAGCUGAUGGUAAAUUAGAUAAAUUCGGUAGAGCUAAUGAAAAUACUCCAGAUAGUUGGAAAAAAGAAUAUAAAGAUCAUGACGGUGAACCAGCUCCAGCUAUUCCAGAAUCUAAAUUAGUUGCUCCAGAAGUUCAAUUACCAAAGAAAACUUUAAUUGAAGAAGUUGUUGCUGAAUCUAAACCAGAAGAAAAUGGUGAAGAAAAGAAAGAAAAGAAGGAAAAGAAGGAAAAGAAAGAUAAGAAGGAAAAGAAGGAAAAGAAAGAUAAAAAGAGAAAGGCUGAAGAUGGUGAAGAAAAGUCUGAAAAGAAGAAGAAAGUUAAGAAGUAAGUGCAUCUGUUAAUCUAAAUUAUUGAUUAAGAAUAUUUUUUUUACAAAUUCCCCAGUAUUAUCAUAAUAAUACAUUUCUGUACA